CAUCUUUGUGCAGCAAAGAGCAAUGUGGGCAGUAUGUUCAUCUGAGUGCAAGUGUGUUCCUGGUGUAUGAUUGCCUUCAUCUGCAGGCUGACUCUCUGCUUUGAAGUCUGUUGGUAAUCCCCUGGCUGUAACGUUGGCAGCUUACCCCUCAGCUUUUUGUGUAUAGAAGGCCUCUGUGCUAUGGUGUGGACCCAGUGGAAAACUGAUUAUCUUUCUCCCUUUCUGAGUGUCUUAAAAAAAAAAAAAAAAGAAAAAGUGCUCUGUCUUAGGAAAUGUGCUGUGAUUUAAAAAGGAGGUUUUUGCUCCUUUAUGCAACACAAAGGGGACAGGCAAAAGCCAUAGCUGAGGAAAUAUGGCAGCAAGCAGGUACCCAUGGACUUGAAGCUGAUAUGCACUGUAUAAGUGAAACGGACAAGUAUAACCUGGAAACAGAAAAGGAUCCUGUAGUUAUUGUUAUUUCCACUACCGGUACUGGAGACCCACCAGAUGCUGCCCGCGAGUUUGUAAAGAAAAUUCAAGACACAACCUUGCCACCUGAUCAUUUUGCACAUCUCCAGUAUGGAUUGCUAGGUUUGGGAGAUUCAGAAUACACGUUCUUCUGUAAUGGUGGAAAGACAGUAGACCGAAGACUUCAAGCACUCGGUGCUCAGCACUUCUAUGGCACGGGAUUAGCAGAUGAUUGUGUAGGUUUGGAACUAGUGGUUGAUCCUUGGAUUGAUGGACUUUGGCUUGCCCUCGAGAAAGUAUUUCUACUGCAGAAAGAAAAAGAAGUUAUGAGCAACAGUGCUGCUUCUAGCUCGCUCUCUGCAGCCCCGCACGUUGGGCAUGAACUAAGCUCAGAAGUACAGAACUUGAAGCUAGAAGAUGAAAGAGUGAGGAGUUCUGAUGUUCCGACACAGAAACCGGUUGACGUCCAUCUUGUGGCUUCAACUAGAGACACCGAACCUUCACUUGUUCAUUCUGUCCCUCCUGUCUCUCAGUCUGCUCUUAAUAUUCCUGCCUUGCCACCAGAAUAUAUAGAGGUGGAGUUUCAGGAUGCCCAUGGUGAGAAUCCACAUCUGUCCUCACUGAUUUCAGGGGGAACAACCUUUGAAGUGCCAGUUACAAAAGCCAUUCAGCUCAGUAGAGAAGAUGCGAUAAAAACUGCAUUGCUCUUAGAACUUGAUAUUGCAAAUACAGUCUUUGACUACCAACCUGGAGAUGCCUUCUGUGUAAUAUGUCCCAACAAUGUCAAUGAGGUGGAAGAACUUCUUCGCAUCUUGGGACUUUCUGAAAAAGGAGAAUACUUCGUUUGUAUUAAGGUUAAGCAAGGCACUAAAAAGAAAGGAGCAGCUCAUCCACAACACAUCCCCGAAAGAAGCACUCUGAAAUUCAUUCUAACCUGGUGUCUGGAAAUAAGAGCAAUUCCCAAAAAGGCAUUUUUGCGGGCUCUUGUAGAAUGUACUAGUGAUGCAGGAGAAAAACGGAGGCUUCAGGAGCUUUGUAGCAGACAAGGAGCCUCUGAUUACACACGCUUUAUUAGAGAUUCUAAUGUUUGCUUGCUGGAUUUACUUCAUGCUUUUCCAAGCUGCAAGCCUUCACUUAACCUGUUAAUUGAACAUCUUCCUAAAUUACAAGCCAGAUCCUAUUCGGUAUCAAGUUCCAACUUAUAUCAGCCAGGAAAACUGUGGUUUCUGUUUAAUAUUGUGGAGUUCCCUGCUUGUCCUGCUAGACCAGUCUCACGGAAAGGAGUAUGUACAGGGUGGCUUGCUGAGUUAGUUGCACCUCUACUGCACCCCAAUAACAACACUCUGGAUACAAAAGGAGGAAGCUCUUUGACUGAAAAGAUAUCUAUUUUUGCUCGUCCAAACAAUACCUUCCACUUACCUGCAGACCCAUCUGUCCCGUUCAUGAUGGUUGGUCCAGGCACAGGAAUUUCCCCGUUUAUUGGUUUCCUACAACAUAGGCAAAAGCUCAGAGAAGAACAUACAGACUGGGAAUUUGGAGAGACAUGGCUGUUUUUUGGUUGUCGGCAUCAGGAUCGAGACUAUCUGUUCAAAGAUGAGCUCAGAUGUUUUCUUGAAAAUGGCACGUUAACUCAUCUUAAGGUUUGUUUCUCAAGAGACUCUUCAACUGCAGAAGUAGCGCCGCCCAAGUAUGUGCAAGAUGUCAUUAGGCUUUAUGCGAUGAAAGAGACAGGUUACUUCUAUGUGUGUGGAGAUAAGAAGCACAUGGCUGAUGGUGUAAGUGAUGCUGUAGUGGACAUUUUAAGCAUGGAAAUGGAAGUUGACAAAUUGGAAGCAAUGAAAAUCCUGGCUAUGCUUCGAGAAGCAAAACGAUAUUUGCAGGAUGUUUGGAGCUAAAUAUUUAGCUUUUCCUAUGCCCUUGUAACACAAAAGAUUUCGUUUCACACAUAUGCUUUUGAGUAAAAGUUAUUGUCAAAAGUGCUGUCUAGUCACCCAAAUCUUAACUUUAUCUAUUGACCUUUCAAGCAGGAAUAUGAAACCUUUUAAAUGACAACAAGCCAGGCUGCCUUUUGAAGUGUGUGGGUUUUUAACGAUGUUACAUAAUGGACUGUCUCAGUGCCUUGAUUCUCUCAUUUUAAGAUUGGAUUAAUGUAGAAAGUAAAAACUUUUGUAGUUGCACAAGUGUAAUUGUACAUUUACAUCAUAUAUUUUCUCCUAUAAUGUACACAUAAAGAAGCUUCAGAGUAAAUAUGUUACACGCUGA